GAGAAGAGACGACCAUUUUACUGGAAGCAAGCAGCGAUUUGGCAUUGGGCUAUACAAGGGCGGAAAUUCUGACCUAUAUAAGUAAGGGGUGCUUCUCGCAAAGGACUUGGAAAGCCUCGAUCAGCUCGACGCAACGGAAGAAUCUCGGAGACACGGUAUCGGCAGAUUGCGUACUUGUUUAUCAGGCUGAAGUAAUUAAUUACCAUUUUUUUGGCCUUGGGUAGAUGCCUACCUACCUCAGGCAGUCACAGCAGAGCGCAGUGCAUCACCACCGCCAAAGGCUCGGUUCGUCAAUCCUUAAUUACAGCCCGCAAUCUGAGGCUUGAGGAGCACUCCGAUCAGGCGAAAAGAGAGAUCUCGGCUUUGGGUUUCUCGAAUACGUUGAACCUUAUUUAAGCCAUUCAAUCGCCAACAAAACUGUUCGGGAGGACUUCAAUUCAACACGUCAGCGCUGGUCUUGCCGGUCUGGGUCUGCUAGGAAUCGAUUGUUGCUUAGAUUAGUGACGACGCCACUCCAAUUCAGGGUCCUUUGAAGCGCAAGCAGGACCCUCAUUUCCAGCGCCUAGGUGGGUAUCACCAGCGCUGUGGCCUGCCCAAUUUGGUGGCCAAACAAGCAGCCGUCCAGCACUAGCACUCCUGGCGUUCCCCUUCUAUGACGGCGCAUUAGCUGGACUGUGUAUGGUGUUGGAGCUGCCUGGGAUGUGCUACGCCAUUGGCUGUGCGUGCGUGCCUAGAGCAACCCAGCUGUCUGCAGGAUGUGGCGGCUUCCAGCGACAGCCGGUUUGGAUGGCUCGCAUCGGUUUCCAGCCGCGACGCUAGGAUCGCUGUGGUCCGGAAUUAAAAAUUCACACAUCAAGUCAACAACGCUCGCGCAGAGGAAUGCAACAACCAACGCAUCAGCAACCUCACCCACAAACUCUCCAAUUCUCUCCAUGGAGUUCUCAAGGAAGGAGCUAGAGGACAUCCAGCGCGUUGCAGGCCUGUUGAAGCUUACCGUAGACGAGCUACUCCACCAGAGCCGCAUUCAAGCCGAGAAACACGCCAGCAUCCCCUCCGCCUACGACUCCCCCCUGACUAGGCCCCAACACGGUUUUGGCCAGCAGAGACCACCCGAACAUCAACUGGGCCAUACCCCUGAAAGCCAACAUGAAAAGUGUUUUGACCUAGUUUUAGACUACUCCGAUCUAGGCGAUCCCCAGUCCGACACCUUUGGGAGCGAGUCUUCUGAGCAGGCGCUCCCACCACCAGCCUCUCAGCUUCAGAGAACGGAAGUCAUUCUCCUAAAUCCAUACACGGCAUCUUAUGAAUGCGAUGUCGCGUUCUGGGGUUCUGAUAUACCCACUGGUCAGGGGUUCGCAUUCGACGACAACGUCACUAUCAGCCACCUCGCCGCGGAAGACGAGUCCUACGUUCAAGUGACGGGGAGGGAGAGUAAUUCCGGGUCUAUAUUCGAACACAUCCAGGGGGAAGGUCCGCAAUCCAUGGUCGACGAUUCCUCAGCCGACUGGGCCAUAGUAUCUGCUUCUCCCGACUCAACAGCAAUGCCAAUUUCGACACCUUCGGCGUCUUCGCCAGACAGGCGCUAUUACAAGAUCGCCCCUAGAAAUGCCAAAUCGAGCUCUCAGGCCCUCUCUGCAAGCUCGACUCACCGAAUCAAGAAGAAGCGACGUGCUUAUGAAGGCAGGAAGCGUGUUGAUACCCAUCUCACCCGUCAACUCCACGCCUGUGUCAGGUGCAGGAUGCAGAGGAAUAGGUGUAUCCCCGAUCCCGACAAUCCUCGAGGCCCGUGUUUCACCUGCCAGCAAAGAACGAUGCGUAUGAGUCGGCUGCCUUGCCUCCGGUACAUGGUCACAGACAGUACUCUUUUCCGGACCGGCCUGGACUACAUGCCGUUUUACAGGACGCAUCCGAUGGUCGGGCCUCGUUAUGGCGAUUUCCACUUGGAACGGCAAUGGACAGAUUCGCCUCCCAAAACCCUGUGCCUUGGACAGAUCGGUGCUAUAUAUGUCAAGAUUGAGCUGAGGGGGUUCAUUCCUCCUGCGAACUCCAAUGACGUCGAUCUUAAGGGGCGGCCAAUGUACGCUGUUCCAUGGGCCAUUGCUGAUCCCGAGCCCGUCGUCGAAGCGAUUAAGGAGUACAUCGACCGAGCCAUUACGGCUUACAUGGCCGCAUAUCUGGAUGAUACGGACCCGCUGGUCUGGAAUAUCUUCCAGGUCGCGUACAGGGCAUCCGUGUUUCCUGUUCCGAAUGAAAUGCUCAAGAAAACAUUGAGACUCUGGGUUGCUUGCCGAUUUAUCGAGUCAAGAUGGAGAUGCUGGUCCGAGACCGGUUGGGCUGACGACGAAAUCCAAGCCAUGAAUCCCAAAGACCCGUUCUACCAGGACCUGGACUCGCCACCGCCCUACGUCGACUACCAAUGGACCUCGAUUGUCAUCCAGCGGAUUCUCAGGCCGUUGAGAAAGGACGUGCUCCGCAUUCUCCAGAACACUCUCAACAAUCAUGAUUCCAAGGAUUGGUUUGUCACCUUCUUGACCUGCUUCAUCCUCCUGCAAAACUACGAAAUGCAGAUGUUGUUCCAGAGGCAAUUUGCCCAGAGGAGGAGGGCACCGCUGUUCACUCCUGAGUUUGACUGGGCUUCUCCAAAGGUUUGCAAGAUGGCCCGACUAGAUGCCGAGCAAAGUGCUUUUAUGAGUCAAUGCCGGGAUAUUGUGGUCCAGAGAGCCGUUCUUCUCGGGCAGCAAGGGCAAGCCUGGCCCGACCUGGCGAUCAAGUCGAGCUGCGCUCCUCGCUACUUUCCAGUUUCACACGCAUGGCCGGCCGCGAUGGAGGGAGAUAUGGCAUGGGGCCCGGCAUCGUUUAACUCCGAGGACGAUUACACCCUUACGCUGACCGAGGACGAGGUCUUGGAGGUCAAGUCUGGUCUUGAACACUUUAAUGAACUUGGGCUAUACGGAAGCGAAGUCACCCCCAGCACUUUCCCUCUGCCUACUCUUGGGCCGAAGCUUCGGCAGCUUGCAGCCGAUAUCCACUGUGGCCGGGGGUUUGCGGUGGUCCACGGACUGAACCCAAACGAGUUCUCCCCAGAGGAAAACGUCCUGGUUUUCCUCGGCAUAUCAAGUUACAUUGGCGUCCAGCGCGGCCGGCAGGACGAGGAUGGCAACAUGCUGAUGCACAUUCGUGAUGCGAAGCUUUCCAAAACGCCGCAGCAGGAUCGGCCAACGAGAUAUUCGUCACGGGCAUCCACCUUCCACACAGACACGUUCUGUGACAUUCUUGCUCUACAAACUCGCAACAAUGCCGCCGUUGGCGGUAAGAACCUGUUGGCCUCUUCCUGGACGAUUUACAACGAGCUGAUAAAGACGCACCCACACCUGCGCGAGCUCCUUUCCCAGCCCAUCUGGCCCUUUGACAGCCGCGGCAGGUUCCUUCCGUCAAACAUACGCCCGAUCCUCUGCUACCAUGAUGGGCGGAUCAUUCUCAACUUUGCCCGCGAGCCUCUGCUCGGCCUGAACGGCGUCCGCCGCGCCGCCGGCGUCGCGUCCCUGACGGAGGAGCAGCGCCGCGCCCUGGACGUGAUCGAGGAGAUUGCGGAGCGGAACCAGGUCGUCCUGGAGGCGCAGCCGGGAGACAUGCUCUUCAUCAACAACCACGGGGUCCUCCACUCGCGGGAGGCGUUUGAGGACUCGCAGGAGGCGCCGCGAUACCUGGUCCGGAUGUGGCUCAAGAACCCGGAGCUCGCGUGGAAGCUCCCGCGCGCGCUGCAGGCGGGCAACGCGCGGAUCUACGAGGAGAACGAGCUGGGCGAGCAGUGGAAUAUUGUCGAUGCGCCCAGGAUCAUGUUCCGGUUGAGCGAGCGGCUCAGUUCGUGA